AUUAAAUUUAGAUGUCAUAAAACUCUGCCUCUUGAAAAAAAAUACUAAAGGUGCUUAUUUUAUUUUUAUGUGAAGAAAGUUGGUGAAAAUAUGUAAAAGCUUUACAGAACUGCAGUUAACACAAAACAGUAAAGACAUUUGAUGGAAGUCAUGGCUAGGGGUUAUGUGCAGUACUUGAGAAUAGUCAGUGUUCUGUCUUUAGCAGGCAGCUGAAUAAUUGGUAAUGAUUUAAGGUAGAUGAGUCAAGCCUUUCACCGUUUAAACCGGUCUAUAUUUUUCCAGAAAGAAGAUACAUUUUCAUAGCAUGUUAUUUAGUAUAUACAAAUUUCUAUAAUUUUACUCCAGAUUAUAUUGGCAUCAACAUGGGAUUUCCCAUGCAGCUCCACUUUCUAAACAUCAGAAUUGCAGUAUUACAUCAUUUUGUGACAUUUCAUUUUGCAACCUGGACCGUGCCCCACAAUCUGGCCUGUCAGGUUGAGGCAGAAACAACUGGAAUAUGGCCUUUAUUGCUAAGGAGGAGCAGAUUGGGUCAGCAGGCGUGGUUGAGUAAAAACCCAAGAGAAACUGUUUUGAAACAGAAAUCUAAGGAUUUCCACAGAGGGUGAAUACCUUUAGAGAGUUUGAUGGAAUAGUCCUUUCACUAAAAACAGCCUGCUGAGUGAACUACAUUGGUUGCUGUAUAUCCAAGAUGAAGGUCGCAGCCAUCCUUCUCCUUUGCACGACCCUGUUCUACCAGGGUUACAGCAACACCCUGGACUCAUGUCAGGGGCGAUGUGGGUAUGGAACAGACAGCGGUUACUCCUGUCAGUGCAACCCAGCUUGUGAGAAGUACAAUGACUGCUGUUCUGACUUUUGGACGCUAUGCAAAGACGCAGGCACGUCCUGUAAAGGCAGAUGUGAUGAAAACUACAACUCUCAGAACCCAUGCCACUGCAACUCCAAGUGCCCCCAGUACAACAACUGCUGCAGCGACUAUGCAGAACUUUGCAAUGCUGUGAGCGGAGACACAUCUUGCCAAGGCAGGUGCAAUGAAAACUACAACUCUCAGAACCCGUGCCACUGCAACUCCAAGUGCUCCCAGUACAACAAUUGCUGCAGUGACUAUGCAAACUUCUGUUCAGCAGGUGACACAGGUGGUGCCAUCACUGAUUCUGAGCUCAUAUCCCUCUCUGAGACGCUUUACGCCCUGGACUCAAACAAGGCUUCCCCCUCUCAGUUGAUCCUUGACCCUCAAGCCCUUGUGUCAGACUCACAGACUAGCUCCCAGUCAGAUCUCUCCUCCCGUCCGUUGUACAAAUACGUGGAUGAAAACACUCUGUUCUCCCGCCCAACCUAUGCUGCCCUUCUGAAUGUUCUUGACAACUACAAGAGGAUGACAGGACAGGCCGAGAGCUUCACCUCUCAGCAGCAGACUGAGCAGGAUACGUUCCUCAGAGAAACUAUGUUGAACACCGAGCUAGGCAGAGAGCUUUUUAGCUUUCUCUACACCAAGGGUAUUUAUGCAUCAGAGUCAGAGUUUAUUCAGGACCUGAAGAACAUGUGGUUUGGUCUCUAUUCUCGCUACAACGGUGCCAUGGACUCCAGCGGUUUUGAACACAUCUUCGGAGGUGAAAUCAAGGGAGGAAAGGUGUCUGGUUUCCACAACUGGAUCAAAUUUUAUCUUCUUGAGAAAAGAGGAGAGCUAAAUUACUACAGCCACAGCUUCAACGGGCCUUGGUCUGGUUAUCCUGAUGUUUUGGGACUGCAGUUCAAAUGGGAUGGCUACUACAAGCAGGUGGGCUCUGCAGUGAUUGGUUGCAGUCCUGAGUUUGACCUCGCCAUCUACAGCCUCUGCUACAUUGCUCGGCCUGGGAAACAGUGUCGCCUUAGUCUGGGAGGGAAAUCGCUCAGCAUACAGACCUACACCUGGGAUAAUUCUUCCUACGGAAAUGGAAAGAAGUAUAUUGCUUCAGCCUAUCCCGUAUCGAUGUAAUAAGAAAGGAAGCUAUAGGAAAAGCAGCAUAACUGUAUGACCUUCCAAUCAUUUGGCUCUCUUUAUGCUGUAAUAAAGUAAAAUCAAUAUUAAAAUGGA